UGCAACAUCGUAAAACCUGCUGCGUCUGGACGGCUGGAAAGAAUCAAGACAGCCGGUGUUAUUUUCCUCAGUAGGAGUCUGAGGGUGUGGUGCUGGAGCCCUGUUUUUUUUUUUUUUUUUUUUUUUUUUUUUUUGUAGUUUUUAUUCUGAUUAUCGUUAUUAUUAGAAGAUGAUCCGCAUCCUGCUGCUUGUUGUCCUGACAGCCUCUGUCUGUGGAAAACUUGUAGUGAAUGUGAGCCAGGCUGUCUAUCAGGCAGAGGAGAACAGUGACGUCACCAUGGAGUGGACGUUCACUCCCAUCAUGCCCGCCACCGAUCUCAAAAUCUUCUUUGCAUUAUGGUUACCUGAACUGAAGAUUUCUAAGUCUGUAUAUUACUUUCAUAAAGGUGAUGAGCACCCAGAAUAUCAAGAUGAGCAGUUCACAGGACGAGUUGGAUUGGACAAAGACGAGCUGGGAAAAGGAAACAUCAGACUUCAUCUGUCCAGACUCACGACUGAAGACUCAGGUGUCUAUCGGUGUAAAGUGUCCACUGAUCAAGACCCUGAUCAAGUCGGCAGUGAAUGUUCCCUCAACGUCACCGCAGCCAGGAUUCAGCCCACAGCUGAGGAGACCCAGCCGACAGGUCGGGGAAGGAUCGCUCUCUUCGUUGGAUCUGAACUUUUUGUUGCUGAACUUUUCCUCCUGAUGUUCUUCAAAUUUCUUCUGGAAUAAAUGUCCAGCAUGUGAAAACUGGGGGUCAAACCCCCUGUUAAUAUCAGUGAGCAGAGCAUCAAACCAACUGAUCAGACUCGAAAAGACAGAAAUGUCCUGGAGUUGAACUGAAGCUGUAAGGUCUGUGUUCACAGAGGGCUCUGAAGCCAAAAAACAUCGGAUUAAAACUUAAUUUGAUAAACUCAACAACCGCUGAGAAAGUUCAGUCCACUUCAUUUAUAUGAACAAAGAUACAGGCUCUCUCUCUCUCUCUUUCCCUGCAAAUUAAAAGUGCAAAAACUAAAUUUUUUGUGCUUGUGACCAGAAUGAAAUGUAAUAUUGAGAGUGUCUUCCCUCCAUGUUUUGACGUUUCUGGUUUAAUCAGGAUGUUGCUGUGGGAUGUGGUGAGGAGCUUUGAAAGGAUUUGUCCAACAUUUUGCAGCAAAAUCCCCUCUUUCCAUCUCAUCCAGACUGAGACAAGAUGUUCGAUCCCAUUUUACCUGCAGGAAGUGACCUGCUGGACGUACAGAGGCGUCUCAGUCUGGGGAAGAUGGAAAAUGUUGGAGAUUUCCUUUAAAGCAAAACCAGCCAUCAUUUCAAAAGUGAAGACGAUGCAAUGUUCAGUACCUUUUUUUCAGUCAGUCAAAUCAAUAAAUCAUGUUUUGUGCCACUUUUAUUUCACCCUCUUAAUAAAAUUCACUUUUUUUCAACACGUUCAAUAAAGUAU